AUGGACUCGGACGGGGUGUGUCGAGGGGGGCUGACCCGGCUUGUGGAUGGUGACGCGGUGGGGCCGGGCAUGGGUGCGCCGCCCGCCCCGCAGUUCUCUGGGUUCGCGUCUGGGUGUUCCCCCCAGCCCCGGUUUGAUGAGCGGCUAUGGAGAAAGACGGGGCGCUCCUACUUUGACUGGGCACGCGAAGGGACGUCGCAGGGCGUCGGUGGCACCACCGGCCCCGGGGUGGGCCUCGCUGACGCCGUGGACGGGCGACAAAGCAGUCACUCGCAGAUGUCUUCGGUUGCGCCCAACCCGGAGGACGACGGCGAGGACUUUGAUGCGCCGUCGGUUGCUCUGAAGCGGCCGGAAACCGAGAAUAAUAGAAGGAACCACCUGCGUUCGUCGGAGUUGCGUGCCCGCCUCCCUCCCGUCUGGGGGGUCGAUGUGGAGGAAGGUGGUAGCGACGGCGGGAGGCGUAACUGGUGGGGAGUGGGUGGCGAGUCUGCGGUGGCACGGAGUGGGAGCAGCACUCACGAUGACGAUGCUGAGAGCGCCGCACACCCGAUGGGGCCAUCCCUCGAGGGGUACAGGGGGAAUACGGCGCUGCAGUUCUCCAACAAGGACCUGGAAGUCGUGCGCGCCAUAGCACUCGCACUCAUGGAAGAGGAUGAAAAGAAGCGGCGACAGGAAAUGCGGGGGGGUUAG